AUGGAAAAUUAUCACAAAGUAAAGAAUGAUAUCCGCGAAUAUGUGAGACAGAAUAAUCUUGGGACGUCAACGCUGUGGAUCACCCUGCCGCAAUGGUACAAGUUCCAGGAAUACCUCGCAGACUAUUGUUUUGUCGGUCGCUUCCUCGGGCAGUUAUCAAUUAAGAUUGAAAAUGGCGAACCGGUACACUUCCUGCCAUGCCGUUACAAACAAAUGCGCUAUAGAAGCCCAAAUCACGUCCUUUGUAAUGACCCAAGCCAUACGCGUAGCGGACGGUCCACGUGA